CGACACGAACGAAUCAAUAAUUUUUUUUCUCUUCUUGAAAUUCGAAAAAAAAAAUGAUAAGCGGUAUUAAUUUCGUCGCGAAAUUCGUUGUAAUUGCGUUUCUUCUCACAAUUAUUCACGAAAGCUCAUCAUACAAAAUUUUCUGCAUAUUUUCGACACCCGCCGCAAGUCAUCAAAUUGUCUUCAGAUCUUACUCAAAAGCUCUUGCAGAAGCUGGACAUGAAGUUGUCGUCGCAACAACGCAUCCUGUGAAGAAUCCCCAUCCGAAUAUCACACAAAUCGAUUGGAGUGAUGUCAAUUCGUAUUGGCAAAAGCAACUUGAUAUGACAAAAACUUCCAAAUAUGGCUUAUUGGGAAUUAUUUACAAAUAUAUGGGAGGAUUAUCGCACGUUUUAGAUCAGGAAUUGUCUCAUCCAGCAAUUCAAGAUAUCCUAAAAUACCCGAAAAAGCAUAAUUUUGAUGUAGUUGUUGCCGAAAGUCAAUUCGUCUCGAUGUUAGAGUUUGCGAAAUUCUUGAAAACUCCUCUUAUUGUAAUUUCAUCGUCAGAUCCGAGCUAUUUGGAGCACGAAGCUGUUGGAAAUUACGUGCAUGCUGUCGCCGCUCCUUUGAGAACUUCCGCAACUUAUGGUCCAAUGAGCUUUUUCGAGAGAUUCAAGUCAAAAUCCAUGGAUUUCAUUUUCUUCGCUAUGGGAUUUUUCAUGGAGGGAUUUUACACGGAUGUCCUUCACAAACACUUUUCCGAAGUUCGUUCACCUGCUGAGAUUGUUCGUGAUAUUGAUUUGUUGCUUAUUAACGUGAAUCCAGCUUUCGGUUAUAUUCGCCCAAUCACGCCAAAAACGAUAAAUUUGGGAUUCAUGCACAUUACAGAACCAAAAAAAUUACCAAAUGACCUUCAAAGUUAUCUCGAUAAUUCACAAUAUGGCGUCAUUUAUUGCAGUUUUGGCACAAAUAUUCUGCCUGAAAAGUUUGACAAACAAAAAGUUCGUUCAAUCCUUGAUGCUUUUGGUAGAUUGAAAUACGAUGUUUUGUACAAAUAUGGCAAUGAUACGAUCGAAAACUUGCCUGUUAAUGUAAAAUUAGUGAAAUGGGCUCCUCAGCAAGACUUACUUGCACACAAAAAUAUCAAACUUUUCAUCACUCAUGGAGGGCAACAUUCUAUCGAAGAAUCAAUUUAUCGUGAAAUUCCAAUGAUAGCUGUUCCAUUUUUUGGAGAUCAAUUCACAAACGCAAAACGAGUUGAAGCACGAGGAUUGGGUAAACGAUUAGAAAUCGAAAAGAUCACAAGUGACAUUUUGGAAGAGACAAUAAAUGAGAUUAUCGAAAAUCCAAUGUACAAAGAAAAUGUCGCCAAAUUGGGACAAAUAGUGAAGGAUGAACCAAUGAAACCAACAGAAAAAGCAGUUUUUUGGACAGAAUACGUUAUAAGACAUAAGGGAGCGAAACAUUUGGAAUAUCCAGGUGUUCACGUGCCAACUUAUCAAUUGUAUUAUCUGGAUGUGAUUGCGGCGUAUCUCGUCAUUUUAAUAAUUUUGACGAUUGUUUUAUAUUUUUUCACCAAAUUGAUAUCAAAAGUCAUUCACAAAAUCAUAUUAAUUGUGAAUAAAAUAUUUUUUCAAUGCAAUUCUGACAAAAAAGAUAUUAAAAAAGAUUAAGAAAUAAGAUAUAGAAUA